UAACACGUACUGAAAGAAGAGAAAAUAGCUCAAAGUUAGAAGAAAGAAAUUGUUAAGGCAUUGACAAGAAAAGAAAGAAGAAGAAAAAAUGGCAAGGACAGUGGCACGAACAUUAGCAGCACCGUUGUUGUUUAUUAACUUAGUAAUGUAUCUUAUUGUUUUAGGUUUUGCUAGUUGGUGUCUCAACAGGUUCAUUAAUGGCCAAACUAAUCAUCCUAGUUUUGGAGGGAAUGGAGCGACGAUGUUCUUCCUCGUAUUCGCGAUAUUAGCAGCAGUGUUGGGAAUAAUAUCGAAACUGAUAGGUGCAAAACAUCUAAGGGCGUGGAGAAAUGACAGUCUAGCUGCUGCUGGUUCAUCUGCUGUAAUAGCUUGGGCUGUAACUGCACUAGCAUUUGGAUUGGCAUGCAAGGAGAUAAACAUAGGAGGAUGGAGAGGAUGGAGGCUAAGAGUUCUUGAAGGUUUUGUGAUUGUCCUUGGAGUCACCCAACUUCUCUACGUUCUAAUGCUUCACACUGGAUGGUUUAGCAGUACGUACGGUCCGGGAUACAGAGAUACCGAAUACGGCGUCGGCGCACCCGGCGGAGUUGGAGAGAAGGGUACUACUGGUGUCACCGGAGCUAGGGUUUAAUUUAGUUUACUUUAAAGUACGUGUUUAAUUUGUACGUAGUCACCAUGCUAUAGUUCAUGAAACAAGACUUGAAUUUGUGUACGCUGAUAUAUUAGGGUUGAAGUUUGGGGGCCCUCUCUUGAGUUUUAAGUAUAUUUGGUUUAUGUUUUUUAAAUGUGAGGUGACGUGGAAUUGGGUAA